AUGUUAUCAGAAACUAGUAAGGAAGUUUAAAAGGAUUAAAAUGUCGUACCACAAUUAAAUCAAACCCCAAGUAGUACAUAUUUUGUUUACAAUUGUUACAUUCCAGUAGUGUAAGAUUACAUGAGUCAGCCUCCUGCUCUAUAGGUUAGGAACUCAAGCGAGUCUUUUCCUCAGUUAAUAAAAAACAAUGAUAGUAUUCAGUUGUCUCAUUUGGCUCCUGGAGUUUCGAUUCCAAGUUUUCAAUUUGGGGCCUCUGCUCCUUUUAUUUCCCCUGAUGAUGUUAUGAGAAAUGUGUAGCCUGCAUAGAAUCAUUUUGCAUCGUUUAUCUUGAAUGAGUAGUUGAAGACACAGAAUCAACCGACCAAAAAUAGAAUAAUCGAAGGGACUCAAACCCUUUGUGACAUAGAGAUCGUACUAAUUUCGCGAUAUUUUGACAUGAAGGCGCAUGUAUUUUGUCCUCCAAAUAACAAGUACGCUCUUAAGGAAGACACCAAUAUUUCGAAUGCUGAAUGGCUGAAGGAUCGAAUGUUGUUUCGCUAUAAAAAACCUAUCAAGGAGUCAUUUUCAGAUAUGAUUGACUAAUUGGAGAAGGAAGGGGAAAUCAAUUUUAAGAACAUGAUUCACCCAGUAAAAUUUGCUUAAGGAGGAUUCGAUAAUGUAGAGAGACAGGUGCCCAAAUCGGUGAAGAGUGAGAAGCCAUUUGCAGUGUUUAUAUUUGAGAUUCAACAAUUAAUUUCCUAGUUCUUGUUCACUAAAUAUUGA